AUGUUAUAUCCCAGUGGAUAUCCCAUUUCUGGGCUUUCUGAGCAGGCCCAGAAAGCAAGGAAAGAGGUUGCUGACUAUCUGGCUGCUGGGAAGGAUGAACGAGCUCGGAUCCGAGUGGAGCACAUUAUACGCGAAGACUACCUCGUGGAGGCCAUGGAGAUCCUGGAGCUGUACUGCGACCUGCUGCUGGCCCGGUUUGGCUUGAUCCAGGCCACAAAGGAACUGGAUUCUAGUCUGGCUGAAUCUGUAUCUACACUAAUUUGGGCUGCUCCUCGACUCCAGUCAGAAGUGCCUGAACUGAAAAUAGUAUCUAAUCAGCUGUGUGCAAAGUACAGCCAAGAAUAUGGUCAACUGUGUCGAACCAGUGAGAUUGGAACUGUCAGCUCUCGGCUAAUGUGUAAAUUAAAUGUGGACACUCUACCCCAGGUUCUAGUGGAACAGUACCUGAUAGAAAUUGCUAAGAACUAUAAUGUGCCAUAUAAAUCCAAGGUAACAACUAUGGCUGAAGCCCCAGGAGACCUGGUUAGUGUUGGAUUUACCGAUGAUGUCAAGAAAGGUGCCCUUGGCAGUGGAGGUGGAACUGUUGCUGGACCUGGUGAUCCACGUCAGGCAUUGCCAGUACCUGCAUCAGGGCCCUUACCUGUGCCAUCCUCAGUUCCUUGUUUCUCAUCCCUUCCUCAUGAAAGACAGAAUGACUCCUGUAAGAACAAUUUGCUUCCUAUUCUGGUUCCUGGCCAAUUUUAA